GAGGAAGAGGAAACAGAACUGGCAGUGAUCUGUCUGCAGAAGUUGCUCCGAGGCAGGGCUAUUCAGAACAUGAUGUUUCAAGAGAAGGAGAAGCAGCUGGACCUGAUCAGAGAGCUGCGCACCACUCACGCACUCCAGAAGGACGGACAGCUGCUUUUGAAGGCAGAGGAGCAAAUGACACUGGCCCUACAGCAACAGCAUGACUUGCAAAUGCACAAGCUGUCAUUAGUGGAAAACCACUUGGCCAGGGAAGAAGGAAGGGUACUGGCGAACAUGUUUGAUUUCCUGUCCAAAGAGCUGGUGAGGCUGCAAGAAGAACGGAAGAUCCACGCUUUUGUCAUGCUGGCGGAGAGGCAGAGGCGGGUGCGGGAAGCAGAGGAGAGCGGACGUCGUCAGGUGGAAGAGAGGCGGCGUCAGGAAGAAGACGAGAUUUUCAAACAGGUGGUGAAGGUGCACCAGAGCACUAUUGACUCCUACUUGGAAGACAUUAUCCUGAGCAGCAUGGAGAACACAGCUGAAGAACAAGCCAGGGAAGAGAUUCAGAGAAUGGCUGUAGAAAUCAACGACAUUGCUUAUGAAAUGGAAAGCCGUCGAACUCGCCUACAGUCAGAAGAGAUUGUAGCAGAGCUGGUUUAUGAUUUCCUAAUUCCAGAAGCUGCAAAAAUGUCUAUCAGAGAAAAAGUGAGGCAGUCCCAAAGAAAACACAUCUAUGCUGCUCAUCAGAUCAUCCACAGGGGCACAGAGAAGAUAGUGGCUGAUCUGGCACUACAUCAAGAGAUAUCUGCCAGCAAGAUAAAGGGAGAUCCUCCUGCUGGGACAGCUAGUGCUGCCUUGAGUGGGACAGCUGCUGGACCAAGUGCAGCUGACAGCACUUGCUCUGCCCCAGUUGCUUGUGAACUAGCUAAACUUCUGCAUGAAGAAAGCCCGGGAGACACAGCAGUGAACCCUUCUGAUGGGUCUGACAGGGAUCCCACAGCCUCCUAG